AUGCAGGAGGGAGGGGGGGGGUGGGGUACUGUAACAAAAGCACCAAAGGAUUACUUUUUGGAAAUGGCCAAAUAUUGUUUAAGUAAGUUAAUUGCUUACUUGAAAUCAACUCUCGUCUAUUCCAAACUUUUACAUGUUCCCAUUUGUGUUUCCAUUGAUUUGUUACAUUUAAUCAAUCAUUCAGAAAAGCCAAGUAAACGACUAGCAUCUGCGAAGCGGUACAAAAUUGAGAAAAAAGUUCGAGAACAUAAUCGAAAAUUGAAAAAAUUGGCCAAGAAAAGUGGUAGGUUGUAUGAACGAGCGAUUGAAUCAGCAAAUUAUGUGAAUUUGAAACGAAUUAUAGCAGGACAAAAGCGGAAAGGUCACGAAAAGAUCAUAAACGUUCCAAACAAAUGUCCAUUCAAAGAAGAACUGUUAUUCGAAGCAGAAAAGGCUCGCGAGGAUGCUGAAUUAAGAAAAUGUCAACAGAAAAAAACGAUUAAGAUGGAAGUUGGCAUGAAGCGUAAACUGAGCGAUAAUCAGUCUCUAAUCAAUUCAGCUAAUAGCUUACCAUCUGGUGCCACUCAAACGGGAAGUGCUUCGGAGGAUAAGAGCGAAAAGGCGUUUGUACUUAAUGAUAAGACGAUCAGAGCAUACGCAAAAGAAGUUAGAAAAACGAUUGAAUCAGCGGAUAUCGUUGUUGAGGUGUUGGACGCAAGGGAUCCAUUAGGUGGUCGUUGCGCUGACAUGGAACAGUUGGUAAUGAGCUCAGGCAAGAGACUGGUACUUUUGUUGAAUAAGAUCGAUUUGGUGCCUAAAGAGAAUGUUAAAAAUUGGUUAACCUAUCUGCGAAAUCAACUUCCAACAAUUGCAUUCAGAGCAUCAACGCAACAACAAUCUCAACGACUUGGUCGUCAAAUGGGUAUGGCUCAUUCAGAGAGUGGAUCUAAAUGUAUUGGUGCUGACAUUUUGAUGAAACUCUUCGGAAAUUAUUGCCGUAAUAAAGAUAUAAAAACAUCAAUCACUGUUGGCAUUAUUGGCUAUCCAAAUGUUGGUAAAAGUAGUGUGAUAAAUAGUUUGAAACGUAGACGUGCUUGCAAUGUUGGUGCUCUACCAGGAAUAACGAAGCAAGUUCAGCAGAUUGAAUUAGAUCAACACAUUCGAUUAUUAGAUUCACCAGGUGUUGUGCUGAGCAAACAGAAUGAUUUGGAUGCUGUCGAACUUGCGCUCAAAAAUGCAAUUCGUAUUGAAUCUAUCACAGAUCCGAUCCCACCUGUACAAGCCAUCUUGAAGCGAUGCAGUCGUGAAACGUUAAUGAUGCAGUACAUGAUAGCUGAAUUUGACUCAUGCGAGCAGUUUCUAGCCUUAAUGGCACGAAAAUUGGGACGUCUGAAGAAAGGCGCUAGACCUGAUCUGAGCGCUGCAGCCAAACAUGUGCUGAAUGAUUGGAACAGUGGUAAACUUCGUUAUUACACUGAACCACCAGUGCAAGUGGAAAGUGAUGAAUCAAAUCGAACAUUUUGCUCUUCUGAAUUGCUGAAUGAAUUCUCGAAAGAAUUUGAUCUGGAUGCACUUGAUAAUGAACAAAAAAUCAUUGUUGAAGGUCUACCAUCGAGUAGUGCAAUGGAUAUGGGUUGUUUGUAUAAGAAAGAGAUGGAUGAGACUGAAGAAGCGCAUAUGGAAACAGAUGACACUGAUGCAACAACUGAACAACGAUCAGAUUGCUGCAUUAACGUUAAACUGAAAGCUAAUUUAUUACAGAAAAGUAAAGUGGAAGAAUCACCAAUCGAAAAUGUGCUUCCUGAAUCGUUGAGUAUCACUGGCAAUGUUCAGUUGAAUCGGUGCAUCAAAAAGGCAUUGAAGCAGCACAAAAAGAAAAGUAAAAAAAUCGCACGAAAAGCGGAUGCACUUGCCGAUUCAAUGAAUAUGGCUGAAAUAAAGGAUGAUGUUUCGGGUAAGAAGCAAGCGGAUUAUAGCUUCGAGGAUAUACAAAUGUAG